AUGAUGCCUGCUCAUUCAAACAACACUGUGCCAACCACGCUGGCUCAAUUUCAAAUCCUCACGACCACAUAUAAGACAGUCCACGGUCACGAUAUAACCACUGAUAUACUCAUCCCUCGGUCGUUAUCUACAAAUACACCACAAACACCGCGUCCCAUUCUUCUGCGAUACCAUGGAGGAGGGCUGAUUGCCGGAUCCAGCUUGUUUCCAGCCUUCUUCAACCCAUGGUAUCUCGAGCUGGCAGAGACUCACGGGACAAUCAUUAUCUCCCCGAACUAUCGCCUGCUGCCCGAGGCAACCUUCGAGGAUAUUAUGGGUGAUAUCGAAGACCACUGGCAGUGGAUGCACCGCCCCAUGCCGUCCUUUCUUGCCACCCAAACAGAUGGCCGUCUUGCUGCGGAUCUGGAUCGCAUUAUUACUGGCGGUGAUAGCGCCGGCGGGUAUUUGAGUCUGCAGACUGCGCUCAAUCAUCCAGAUAUGAUCCGAGCCGUGACGGCAACUUACCCGAUGGUCGUCGUGAAGAGUGACCAGAUGGUUGGGGACUAUGAGAAACCGGUAUAUGGGUUACCUAGUUAUCCCAGAUCGACCCUAGCGGACCACCUAGCUAGUGUGGAAAAACAAGAGUCACAAACGGGACAAAAGGUUAUAGUGACAGCUGAUCACGGCGAGGAGAGAUUGAAGCUUAUGUUCGCCAUCUGUCAACAUGGGCUUGUGGGGCCUCUGUUGUCGGCGGAUCAGAGGAUGUAUCCUCUAGAGAGACUAAGGCUGGGCGCUCGAUUUCCAGCUGGUGGGAUUCUGAUUCUUCACGGAUGUCAGGACAGCGUUGUACCGGUCCAGGAGUCGUUUUUGCUAAAGGAAGCCACGCAGAAGGCGCAGCCUGAUCUGGCUUUCAAAUUGGUCACCCGAGAAGGAGAGCAUGGAUUUGAUCACGCGGCGAGUUCGAAGGAUGAAUGGUUGCACGACGCUGUGCGAGAAAUCGUUGAUAGCUGGCUGUCAUAA